CUUUCACUUUCAUUUCGAGUCAGGGGCAACACCCUAUAUUCUCCAUAGAACCUGCGUUCAUUUUUUUGUGGAAAAGUGGUGAAAAUGAAGGUCUCCGUAUUACUCGGAGUGUGUGCACUCUUCCUGUCUGCUGUUUCCAGUGCUGGUGAAGAAGUAGUGUCUGUGUCUGUGCCUGUGGAGGGAGAUCAGGUCACUUUAAACACUGAUGUGACUUUAACCCCACAACAAAUAAUAAAAUGGUACUUUGAUAACACUCGCAUCGCUCAGAUAAAUGGAGGUCAGAGUUUCAUCUGUGAAGAUGCUGAGUGUCCUGAGAGAUUCAGAGACAGACUGAAGCUGGAUCAUCAGACUGGAUCUCUGACCAUCAUGAACACCAGAACCACAGACUCUGGACUUUAUAGACUACAGAUCAUCAGCAACAGCAUCAGUGACAAGACCUUCAAUGUAACAGUCAUUGGUGCGUCUGGUGCGGAUAGAGGCAAGUGUGUGAUGGAGGGAGAUUCAGUUACUCUAAACACUGAUGUAAAAACAAACCAAAAUGACAGAAUUAAAUGGUUUUAUAAUGACACUCGCAUCGCUCAAAUCACUGGAGAUCUCAUCUGUACAGAUGUUGAGUGUAAUGAAGGUACUGAGAGAUUCAGAGACAGACUGAAGCUGGAUCAUCAGACUGGAUCUCUGACCAUCAUGAACAUCAGAAACACAGAUGCUGGACUUUAUCAUCUACAGAUCAUCAGUAGUACCAGCAGUGACAAGAUCUUCAGUGUUUCUGUCUGUGAUGUUCCUGCUGCUGAUCGAGAAGAAGUGACAAAGUCAGUGAAGGAGGGAGAAUCUGUCACUUUGGAUCCUGCCGUAGGAAGAAUAGCAUAUAAUGUGAUGAAGUGGUAUUUUAAUGACAUUGUCAUCACUGAAAUCACUGGAGAUCAGAGUAAGAUCUGUGCAGAUGAAGAGUGUAAAGAGAGAUUCAGAGACAGACUGAAGCUGGAUCAUCAGACUGGAUCUCUGACCAUCACAAACACCAGAACCACAGACUCUGGAGAAUAUCAACUAGAGAUAGUCAGCAGCAGAUUCAGCAUUCACCGUCGUCGUCGUAGUAUUGGUGUCACCAGUGUUAAAAGAUUCAGUGUUUCAGUCAUUGAAUUAGGUUUGUCUUCAGGUGCUAUUGCAGGAAUAGUUCUUGCUGUUCUGUGUGUGGCUGCUGCUGCUGUUGUUGUGGUUUACAAUAACAGAAUCCCAUCUACAGCUACACAAGUACCUGGGGAGGAAGUGGUUUCAUUCUGUUCAGCUGCAGGUCACCACCAGGAGAAGUACCUUGAUAUGUUUGUUGAGUAUCCCGGGUCUGUGUAUGAUGCCAUGGUGCUGAAGAACAGCUCUAUUUACACUGGAGGCCUGUAUCCACCUGCAGGAAAACACAUUCUGGGAGAUGUGCUCCACAACCUCAGUCUUCUGAAUGAGGACAUUGUUGAUCCAGAAGUUGUGGAGGAUCAUGACGAUGAUACACUGGAACCCCAAAACACAGAAGCCAGCACAGGAGAGAUGUGUGGGACAAUCUGA